GGUUAACACUGGCAACAAGUUACCAGUGAUCUCAUAGGUACAGCCCACUCAGGUCACGUGACAUGUUACCUUUUUCAACCCCACACCUAUGUUUACUCACGUGUCUGCCAUUGUCACGAUGUCUGCUGUGUGUAAACGAGCCCUGUACUUUUUCUGGUUAUAGACGACUAUCGAUUUCAUGUGCACACCUGUUGGUCAACAUCCGUCACUGAUUUCUAUCUGGAAAUCCGAGCUUUUCACUUCCAACCUGUGCUGAACUUGUCCUGGACUUGGAGAUGGUGGACGAGAGUCCGACUGUUUCUUUUAAGGGUCUCAUAAGUAAAGUCCUUGAAGAUCACAGGAGCAGAGCUGAUCCUCCUCUCUUACUGAAGAAUGGCUCUCAGUUUAAGAAGAACCUGGAAGUUAUUAUAUCUCAGAAGCAGUCCAUCUGCUGUUCAAAUGCUGGACAGACUAGACACAAGGCUUGCGUCAAUAAUGUACCUUGUGCUGGCCGAGCACUGAGGAAUGCUUUCUUAUCCAAUGGCCAGGAUAACUGGAAAGCACAUGUUAAACUGGCAAGAAUCAUCAGGAGGACAUAUGUUGGUCUGGAGCUUGUGGAAUGGCUGAUGGAUCGUUGUGAAGUUAUCCAGAACAGGAUGAUAGCUUCCAAAAUCUGGAACAUUCUCCUGGACUUGGGCAUUCUGCUUUCAGUGGAGCAGAAUAAUGUAUUUGAGGACUCCAGGUCUUUGUACCAGUUCACCUUUGAGGAAUGUGAGGCCCAGAGCUGUGAUUUCAGAAAUCAGGUCAACUGGACGAAUGCAGUACAUCUGCUGCUACAGCUGGUCCCAUACGUGCAGCUCCGCGGUGGAACCCAGAAGCGCUAUAAAGAAGAUGCACAGAAAACAUCUGAUGUUUGCAAUCCAGUUCUUCAAAUGAGAGCUUUGGAGCAUCUCACUUCAACGGUGCAGAAUGAACUGUUGGCAGCUCUGGCUCGCAAGGCACAGACUAAAUCAAUGAUGGAGGAGAGCAGACCACAGCACAAUACCAGCACCCCAGGAUCCUCUCCCAGUCCUGCUGUGUGCAAGCAGGACCCUGGAGCUGCUACACGCGAUCGAGAGGAUAUCAGCCGAUUGGAGAUGGUCCAGAGACUGGCCAAGGACGGAUGCCGCCUUCUACACAGCCCGCUCAGAGCUACCGAAAGGCCUGCUGAGGGAAUCUGUAUUCAGAUCUGA